CAGCAAGAAAAACUCCCGACUCUCAAGCACUCAUCACAGCGAUCAGGAAAUUAUGGAAAGCAUUCAGGAGCCACCGGCAGUCUACGUGAUAGAUCCCUAUCAUUCAAGCGCUCUUGCCGAAUUGAAGAGGCACCAAGACAUUAGACUGGUUCUUCCCAACGACCCGGCGAAGAGCGAAUGGCCCAGAGACGCAACUGCAGUGUUAGUACGAAGCGAGACAAGAAUCGAUGCGGCGAGUGUAGAGAAAGCUGGGCCGCAGCUCAAGUACAUCGUCAAACAAGGCGUUGGUGUGGACAACAUCUCGCUGGAGGAUUGCACAGCCAAGGGAAUCAAGGUGUACAAUACUCCCGGGUUGAAUAGCGAGGCUGUGGCGGAGCUUACAUUAAGUCUCGCAUUCUGUAUUGCUCGAAGGGUUGCGGAGGUGGAUCGGAAAAUUCGAAGCGGCGAGGAAGUGGUGCGUAGCCUUACUUUAGGCAAGAGUUUGUUCAAGAAGACCAUUGGAAUCGUUGGAAUGGGCAACAUUGGUGUCGAGGUGGCCAGGAAGUGGAUUGGCUGUACGGGUGGUUCGGUGGUUGCGUUCGAUCCCUACGCCGAGGAAGGCGCGUGGUCGAACGAUAUGCCCGCAGCCUCUUUCCAGCGCGUGUCGCAGCUGGAUGAAGUCUUGGAGUCAUCGGAUGUGAUCACUUUGCACGUCCCGUUAACCUCGUCGACGGAGAAUUUGAUCUCGGCCUCCGCUUUGGCGAAGGUGAAGCGUGGAGCGAUUCUUCUGAAUUGCGCCAGGGGUGGAAUUGUUGAUGAAUCGGCAUUGCUGGAUGCUUUGAACUCGGGCAAGCUGUUUGGCGCAGGCUUGGAUGCGAUGCUCCAUGAGCCUCCGACAUGGAGGCAUUAUGGGGAGACACUGCUUUCGCAUCCGCGCGUGGUGAUGACGCCGCACAUUGGAGCUUCCACUGAGGAGACUCAGGAGACCAGCGGUGUGUACGCAGUCAAUAUCGCUCUGGGGCUGCUGCGAGGAGACUCAUCAGACAUGCCCAAGCCUCUGAACUGAUGGGAGCGGUGUAUUGUAGCACUGCAGCGAUAUCGGAGAAGACGCGAGGUGGUAUGCCGACCACUGGAUUUCGUUCUCAGCCAGGCAGAAGAACAUUGCAGCGGCGCACGUGGGCUUUGCUGACUCUGCAGGUGGUUAAAUGGUACAAGGUACGCGGACGAGUUGGGCUUCGUCCGUGAGGAUUUCCAAGCUUGCCAAGCCAUGCUGAAAAUCUUUGAACCAUCAUCCCGGUUCUCGUUUCUUGUUAAGCGAAUUCCGGCAUGCGUCUCGAUGUCGGAAUGCAGGGUUUGUCGUGCCUGGCCGGUGAUCUAUCGUUCGCACAAGCUGAGUCAUAAGAAUUUUGUGAUCGUGCAGUAGUUGUUCAGCGUUGAGAAGUGGUGACUUUUGUGAACUCCACACCAGGAGGCUCAUGCAGCUCAUGCAUCAAGGUAUUCUUAAUUCGUCAUCAUCAAUCAUAGUGAUUUGGGCUGAUAUGUGAAGAAGGCGGUGACAGGGAGGUGCAAGAAGCACGGCAAGGGUGGUGCGAA